AUUGGAGCAGGUAACCUGACCUUGUAUUCUGAUUGGGCAGCUAUAGGCAGUUUUCCAUCAGGAUCAGGAUAUGAUUACUGCAUUAUCAUCGUUAGUUGUUCACCUGAAUUCGUUGGUUCAAUCUUAUCAUUAAGACUAAAAACUAUGAUUGACGACAUUAUUGUUCAUUGUCUGGAAGAACUCGCAUUAGACGGAGAUUUAGGCUGUAAUCUUGAUAGAUUAUGGGAAUUUGUUCAGAAUUUUUUCGAUCAACGAUUGAGAGAUAGGAAAGUUCUCUCUAUUCAGUCUGAAUCUUCUACACAAUCAUCCAAAACUUCCAUACCAUGCUUAGACGACUUAUACAAAUCGUAUUUUUGGUCGCAGUUUGUGGACGCUAAAGUAUUAGUUUUUUUCCUUUCAAAUGUGAACGCAAAUGAUGAAUCAACUCUAGAUGCAUCAACGGAUCUGACGAAUGAAAACCUUAAUAUGAAACAAGGUGAAAUUUUGUUAGAUAAAAAUAGAAUUGUGAAAAUGUCUCUUCAAGAUGUGCAAAUUAAUUAUGAUGGAUUCCGAAUAAAAACUAUACCUGAAUAUCAAAAGCGGAUAAUAUUUGGAUCUAUUGAUGUAUGGAUUGUAUUACCUACUUACAUUGCUCGACAUCGUGCAAUUGGUGCCACUCAAGCAGAUAUGGCAAAAGAUUUACAGAUAGAUCCAAGAUCAUUUUAUCAUUAUGUAAAGACACUUAUCAAUUUAAAGCUAAUAGUAAAGUUACCGGUCGUUACUAAAGGAAUAUAUACAAAUUUAUGUAUUCUCACGAAAUGCGCCUCUCAAAAUCCUGCGUAUUUGGGAAAAUCCGUAUAUCUUCCUACAAACAAUUCAUCUUCUAAUAAUUCACGAUCAUCUCAAUCUUCUGAUUAUACUUUUGAUCCAACGGAUACAGUUAGCGGUGGUGUAUCUUUUAAUUCUGAGUUGAUUAAAAUGAAGUUUACUGAAAUAUUGGGAAAAGCUAAGAAUCAGAUUAUGUUGGCUAAUGACUUAAUGGUAGCAUUGUUUGGAGUAUCGACACCAACAAAAAAACAGCGCCGCUGGUUUAAUAGAACUAUUGGAACGCUAUCACAUCAGGGGUAUAUUGAAAAAGUAAAUGUACCAAAAAAAGACUCGAAUAAACAAUUAGAACGAUGUUUAAGACUUAUUACACAUUAUGAAAAAGGAAAAGAUCCUGAAAUGGGAAAACAUAAUCAUAAACUGACUACAAGUACAUCCGGACUGGCAAUUAAAAGUCAAAAUAUGGCAGAGGAUCAUCAAAAUGGAAUUUAUGUUGAAUUGCCCUUAGAAUAUCAAGUGUAUCAAUUAAUACAAGGCGUCGGUGAAUAUGGAAUUACUGCUGGGGCCAUCAAAAAUUCUUUUGGAAAUAUGAAUCAUCGCGUUUUGGCAAAAAUUCUUGAGCGAUUAGUCAAACCGACACCAUCAGGUUUAAGUCGAUUUACUGUGAAACGUGCUUCUGAAUUUCAAGGUCGCGAAAGAAGAUACCGUUAUUUCUCCCUUGAUGGAUAUAUAAAAUUUGCUACUUCCAGUGGAAUAGCAUUAGAAGAUAAUGUGCAGCAACUUCAAGAAAAUCAAACAUCUCCAAUAUACAUUCAUGAUCCGUUAUGGGGUGUAGAAUUUCUUCAGGAUGGUGAAGAAGAAAGGGAUGUAGACUUUUUACAAUCUCAGGAGUGUAGGGAUCGACGUAAAAGAAAAAAAGAAAAAUGGCGAAUGACACAAUCUGAUGCUAAUCAAAGUGUACCUCCUGAGAAGCCUAUUAAAAAAAAAAGAGGACGCCCCCGUAAAAUUGCUAUUGAUGAUGAAAAACCUGCUGUGCCAAAAGGUAAGGGAGGGAGACCAAAAGGAAGUAAAGACAAAAAACCUAGAAAGCCACCACGAAAAAAAAUGCGGGCCACUCAAAAUGAGGAUGAUAAUGAUGAAACUGAACUGAACGAUGCACAAAAAUUAGAAAUCCAACCUCGCAAACGUAGGGGGAGGUAUAAAAAAACGAUCGAUAAAAAAUUGGGGCCUGAUAUUGAAAUUAGCGAUGUACAGUUAGAUGGUGACGUAACAGUAACUGAUGCCAUUUUAUCUGAUAAAACAACAUCGAUUAUUUCUAAUGUUUCUGGAACUAGCUACGAUGAUAUUAUGGCUUCUACAUUUAAUUUGAAUUCAACCUCCAUAAUAAACGAUCGAGACACUGCUGUUAGCAUGGAUUUGAACAAUUCGCGUCCUUUAUUAGAAAAAGGUGCAACCGAUAAUUGUAGUUCAAGUACAGAUGACCCAAUGAAUGUAUCUACAGAAGUUGGUGUUGAGCAAUCCACUCAACUAGAUUUAUCUCCAACAUUCAUUACUGAAACUUCCGAUUACCCUCAAUUUGAUUUGAUGGAAAUUGAUCCUACUUAUGAUUCUGUGGGUGACAAUAUUGAAUCAAGCUUGAAUACAGAUAUUAUACUUGAGAAUGAUAUGAAUUCCAAUAUUGAAUCAGAGUUAAACGUUUGUAUGGCAUUCAAUGACCUGCCAUCCACUAAUGUUGAGGUGACUGAUGUUCAAAAUUCUCUACCAUUAAAUGGCCAUGAUUGCAUGGAAGAUUUAUCAAUUAACACCAAUGACGAAAAUCAGAUAUGUGCUUCAACAAAUGCUGUUAAGAAACCGAAAAAAUGUGCUUCUAUAAAUGCUGUUAAGAAACCGAAAAAAUCUAUAUCACGUAGGAAAUAUGUAUCACGUAGGAAAACGACUAAAAGGAGGUUUACCAGCUCUGCUUCAAUUACAGCGGCAAUAAGAACAAAUAUGAUAUCGCAAAUUUUAGAACAACAUCAAGUUGUGGAACUCAGUACUGAACUUGUUAAAUUAUAUCAAUAUCAACAAACAUUGAAAGAUGGACCAAAUAGUACGUCUAGCCAUGUAAUUGAUAAGAAAACUCUUAAACGUACUGGUGAAGAUAUGGAAGAAAAAGGCCUUCUUCGAUCCUAUAAUAUAAAGUUGCCAUUAUUAAAUGGUAGUUUUAACACAAAAACCCUUUUUCUUCAUCCAAACUUGACGCCUUCAAGCCCGAUAGUAAAAGAAUAUGUUGCAAAAAUGGAAGAUAGAGCUAUACUUGUUGGUAGAUCUCAUAAGCAGACUAAGAUUGAAGAAUUAGAUAUUGAAGUUGAACCUCUUGAGCAACUUCAAAAACGUCUUGCAGUUGUAGCUGCAGCUGAUGAAUCAAUUAAUAUACUUAGUGUGCCAACAUCGAGUCAAGAACCCGAAUCUUAUGAAACACUUAUGUCUACUAUGUCCUCAAAUGCUAAUUCUGAACCAGUCGCAUCUGAUACACCUGAAGCGUCAGACUCAACUACAGUUAAACCUCAUAUGCAGACUUCUAAUGAAAUGUGGUGGCUUCAUACCGCCCGUGGUUAUGGUUGGAUUAAUGCCAAAAUGAUUCGUGCAAAAAUUUUACAUCAAUAUUUAAUUACUAAAAUAAUUGAAGCAUCUCCUAACGAUUCAUGUAUUGAAAAAAAUGCGAGAACAUUUCAUACAGCAAUACUUCUUCGUGAUCUACCACUUGAAUUAUAUCUUAAAGUCAUUGGACAAUCAAUCCCGAGCCAUCGGCUGACCGAGUAUGUUCGUUCUGGACAAAGCUUGUCAGUAAGCGUUAUUAACCUUCCAUCAGAAUUGCGAGCAGAACUUUUUUCUGGAAAUUAUAAAUUAAGACAAAACUUAAAAAAGUUAAUGGACAUUCUUGUGGCAUUGAAAAUGUUAAAACCAAUUAGGAGAGGUUUUAAUGAACGUGGUGAUCCUGUUUUGGAGAUUGAAAAUAAUGAAUCAAAUGAUUUUGAAGAUGGAUCGUCACAGAUUACGCCAACAUCAUGUAGUCCUCCACAAACCCUUUUAGCUCCAGCGUAUCAAUUAAUGCGUCAUGUUCCAAUGAUUGACUUCUCAGUUUCGGGACCAGAUAGACCAAUUAUCAGAGAUUAUAUACUUGAUUCAGUUGAAGAUGUGACGAUUUAUUGGAAUGAAUUGCAAUAUGUUGCACGACAAAAAAUGGUUGAGACGGGGAACAAAAGUAAUAAUGAAUUAAGUGGCGAUGAAGAGACUUUUAAACCUCGAAAGAAAGUAACACAUGAUGAUGAUCCUUUAGAUCCUUUAAGAUUUAUUACUUUGUCACGUAAUUGGAAUGCAGGCUAUCCUUUAACUUCUAAGCAAAAAAAGAGAUUAGAACAUUAUGUAAAUCGUAGAAAAUCCAAGACGCCUUACGAAGAUGAAGCUUUAUGUAGGCAAAUUGCUCAAGAAUGUAGCCUCCCAUUUACAAGAGUAAGAGUCUACUUUAAGCACAUUGAAAAUAGUUUUGAAAAGAAAAGGAAUGAUGCUAAAGCAGCUAAGCAGAAGGAAAGACGACGUAAGGUUGCAACAAAGUCAAAGAAUUUUUCUGGUAUUGUUACUUCUGCUGAAGGUGAGCCUUCGUUUAAACGAAGGAAAAGAGAAACAAUGGUUCAUAAAGUAGUAAGAAAAACGGGAGAUGCUGUCCAAGCAGUACCUUGUAAUCAUGCUGGGCGUAAAAGUUUGAGAGAAAAGUUUAAGCAAAAAGGAUUAAUAGACACAGGAUCUAUUGCCGAAGAAGAAAAUUUGCCAAUUAUUGCUGAUGAAGAACGAUUUGAGACACAAUAUGAAACGUUUUCACAACGUUCACGUCCAAAAUGGAGUCAACAUGAGGACGAAGUGGUUCUUCAUAUAUAUGUAAUUCUCAAAGUUCGUUCACAAAAAUCAAGGUUCUUAUGGGGUGCAAUAACUAAAGUUUUACCGCACAAAACAACCGAGAAUUGCCGCCGAAGGUUAAAUGUUUUGAUCAAAAAUACGACAACACUAGAAAGAGUGAAUGUAUUGUUGAGUCAAUGGCCAAGGCUGUAUGAAGCCGGAUUGAAAAAUGGACAUAUUGUUGAUGACGAUGAGUCAGAUAUGAUAAAUUUUGAUUUACCAGGACAUUUGGACUACUUUAUGAAGGUUUUACAACAUCAUCCAAGGCAAAGUCCUAAUCCGAUAAUUCCUUUACCUUGUGACAUUCAAACAUACGAACACGUUUUUAUCGAAAGCUACGUGUCGUCAAUGCGUCAGCAAAAUCUAUUUUAUGAAGAUAGACUUGUUGGUGUAGAUUGUUAUGAAAAUUUGGAUAUAAAUGAAAAUGACAUUCAUAUUCAAUGCAUCCAAGCAUUGGUAAAGAUGAUUCUCAUGACUCCAGAUGAUAAAUAUGAUCCUUCACAUGCAUUUUCAAUUCUUAAUUUCUAUCCUGAUGCAAUUGUGAAAAAUGCUAUUGAAAAAUUAAAAGAUACGGGAGCUAUAGUUAAAGUGAAGGGCGGAUCUGAUCGAAGAGUUCCUGUUAUAUCAGGAAGUUUACCUGAUCGUAUGUUUUCGCAGGCCAUAACUUGUCAUAAAAAGUUGACUAUGGCAACAUUAUUUGACCAAUUUUCAGAUAGUGGAGACAUGGCUUGUUUAUUGGAUAAAUUAUCUGCGGGCAAGAUUUCAUUGUCCUUUUCCGAUCGAAGCCAAGAUUUAUUUACCACAUGUAUUAUACCAAACCACCGAAGUAGAAAGAUUGAUCCUGCUAAACUUCACUUUGAUGUGUUGGUUACUCCAAUACAAAAGUCAAUCCAUAAUGAGGAAACAAAUCACACUAUUACAAGUGAAGAAGACGAGUUUCCCCACAGUUUAGUAAAAGCUCGAGCAAACAAUUUGUCUUCAAUGACUUUGCAAGCUGAAGAACUAGUUGCCUUUCAGCAACUUCUUAAACUGCACGACACUAAUACUAAAGAAUGCCUUAGAAAAGUUUAUAACUAUAUUCGAGAGGCUGGGAACAUCGGUACGACAUUAACAUCUCUAAUGAAAUCGGUGGAUAUCCCGGAAACAGAUUUUCCUUGUUACAUUUCAUUAUUGGAAUCAAAUCAGCCAAGUAUUAUUAAGAAAGUUGGAUACAACUACAGCCGCUAUGUUUGUAGUAUUUAUGAGAAAUGUUGGUUAGUCAAGACACAUCGAACUCCUAUUUAUCGUUCCAACAAAAGGAGCAUAGACGAAUAUAUGGAUCUUGAUGAUGGGACGUCAUCUUCAGAAUUAUUUUCACAAAAUCGACGCCAAGAAAAGCAAACUUCAACUGAAUCAUUUGCCGUACCUCGGAUGUGGUAUGAUAUUAAUGGUAAUUUUAUCGAAUCAGUAUUUAGUGGAUGUCUUGAAGCGGUUUUGGGAGUUAUUAUUCAAAAGCCUGGAAUAUAUGAGUCUAAUAUACAUCGUAAACUCUCUUUGGUAAUGUCACGUUGUGAAAUUCAAGAUGUUCUUGAAGAAUUGGUCUAUCGUUGUGCUAUUACUAGGAGUUCCAUCGUUAAGCCUCAAAAAGUCUCGUUAUUUUCAAAAAGAC